AUGCCGGACACCAUCUUCGCCUGCAUCAUCUGCGGCACGUUCGUGUACGAGGAGGACACAGUUCCUCAAGGUUAUCCCGAUGCUCAGCCAUGGCUGAAUAGAUUUCGAGGAAUCUAUCAAGACCGGGAAGGAAUUCACCUGACCGGAGUCAGUCGUAACGAUGAAAACCAACGACCGGAAUAUACAGCACCCAGGGACAUUCAUGCCAGAUGGGAAGACCCAGAGUAUGACCCUCAAAACGACAGCGUUAGGUUUGGCGCCAUGACACAACGUUCUGUCAACGGUCGAUAUGGCUUCAUCUUCCAUGAAUCCUGUUGGUCGCUUUUGGAAGAAACGUUUGCUCCAAACGAAGUUCCCCUUCAGCGACUGUUUGAUGUGUGCUUGUCAAUCCCAAUUGCUUGGGAUGUGAUGGACUGGGACCAUACUUACGGCGGUCUUCACCAACAACUUGACUUGACUUAUUCAUUCCCCUGGGAGCCGCGCGGGAUGGUCCUCCGAAAUGAAACUUACCUGGAAGUUCAUGACCCAUACCAAUACUUCAAUCUCACGGGCGAAGCAACAGAGCACCCUCCUCCAACAACUCUGGAUGGACCGAGCCGACAGACACAGGACCCAUUUCUGAAACUUCCGCUGGAAAUCUUGUUGAAGGUUGCUGAAGAAAUGGACACUUCCGACGUCCUCAGAUUCAGACUGAUCUCUAGAUCUUUCUGGCCCAUCUUUAACAUGCAGUCAUUCUGGCUUUCGCGGUUCAGAGCCGGCGCCGAAAGGUCUUGGGCCCAGACGGCACUUGGUCCCUAUCAGCGCGAUUAG